AUGGCGCCAGCUGCUAUUCUUCAACAACAAGCUUUAACAGACCAUAUCCACAAUGGCUCAGCUUGUACACAUGAACUGAAAUUGAAAAAUGAAGUUCCAUUAGACAAAGAUGUUGUUUUAACCACAUUUACCAAUGGUGCUGGUAUUAAUCCUUUACCAUUAAAUUGGGGCGCUUCAGAUCCACAAGUUAGAGGUCCAAUUGUCGCUUCAAGAAUUAAACAAGGUUUAUCAAAACAUAACGCUAUUGGUGCUCAUUCAGGUUCUUAUUGUAUUUAUCAUGCUUUAGCUGUUGGUUCAAAACAAUUGAAUCCAAAUUAUGAUGCCGAUUAUACAAAUGCUCAACCUGCAUUCAAGAUCCCAACUCAAGCUCAAUGGAGUGAUGGUGAAAAAAUCGUUUCAAUGGAUCCUUUUGGUCAUUUAACCCCUUGGUUAUUCAAUGAAGUUGGUGAAUUGGAAGAUGUUGAAAUUAGACCAACUAUUUCAGUUACAAAAGCUCAUAUGCAAUUAUUUGAAAUGAAGGAUGCUGUGGAAAAAGGUAGAUUACAAGUUGAUGGAGAAGUUGUUAUCAAUUCAAAUGGUGAUUUGAAUGUUUCAAAAGUUGCAGUGGAACCUGUUUGGUAUUUACCAGGUGUUGCUAAAAGAUUUGGUAUUACUGAAAAUGAAUUGCGUAAGGCUUUAUUUGAAGAUACUAAUGGGAUGUAUCCAGAAUUAAUUACAAGACCUGAUAUUAAAGUUUUCUUACCUCCAAUUGGUGGGUUAACUGUCUAUAUUUUCGGUAAUCCUGAAGAUAUUUCAAAUCCAGAUAAGAAAUUAGCUUUAAGAGUUCAUGAUGAAUGUAAUGGUUCAGAUGUUUUCGGUUCAGAUAUUUGUACAUGUCGUCCAUAUUUAAUUUUUGGUAUUGAAGAAGCUGUUAAAGAAGCUCAAAAUGGUGGUAGUGGAGUUGUUGUCUAUUUUAGAAAAGAAGGACGUGCUUUGGGUGAAGUUACAAAAUACUUGGUUUAUAAUGCUAGAAAAAGAGGUGGUGAUACUGCAGCUGAAUAUUUCCAUAGAACUGAAUGUAUUGCUGGUGUUAGAGAUAUGAGAUUUCAACAAUUGAUGCCAGAUGUUUUACAUUGGUUAGGUAUUACUAAAAUUGAUCGUAUGUUAUCAAUGUCAAAUAUGAAACAUGAUGCUAUUGUGGAUCAAGGUAUUCCAAUCAUUGAAAGAAUUCCAAUUCCUGAUGAAUUAAUUCCACCAGAUUCAAGAGUUGAAAUUGAUGCUAAAAUCAAUUCAGGUUAUUUUACAAAUGGUAAAAUUUUGAAUACAGAAGAAUUAAAAGAUGUUAAAGGUAGAGGUUGGAAUGAUAUUGAAUGAUCUGCUAGUUUUGAUUUCUGUUUUGUUUUGAGGUUUUAUGUAAAUAUAGCAUCUGGUGUGCAAUGAUAAUCAUUUCACUUCUAUCAUUUUUAUAUGUUUUGUUAGUCAUGAGUUUAUAGACAAAUAUUUAUGUCAUCAUAUUUGAGUUACGUUGUAGCCAAGUACAAAACCUUUCAAGU